AUGAAAAGAGAAGAAGCAGCAGAGAUACUUGGAUGCACACUAGAAAGCAGCCAUGAAGAAAUACGCAAGAGCUACAGGAAACUGUCGAUGAAAAUGCACCCAGACAGGCCUGGCGGCUCAGAGGAGCAGUUUAUCCGCCUCAACCAGGCAUAUGAGCUGCUUACGGAGAAAAACGCAGCUGACAGAGAGAUAAUCACAAAGAACAUGUUUGACAGAUUUAGGGAGAUAUACGAAGGGUCGCAAGAGGAGCAAGACGAAAUAAUUGCCCUGUACAAAAAGCACAAGGGUCGCAUGGUAAAAGUAAUUGACGCCAUGAUGCUUGGGGAGGAUGAGCAGGAGGAUAGGUACCGACAAAUAAUUAAUGAGCAGAUCAAGGACAAGAAAGUAGAGGAGUUUAAAGACUACGCAAAGGCAAAGCCGCUCAUGAUGAACAAAAGAAGGCAAGAGAAAAGAAGAAGAGAAAGAGAGGCAGCUGAAAUACUUGCAAAGGACUUAGAAAAAAGAGCAGAAGAGAGACAGCAGCGGUAUAAUCAAAUGAUAGAAAGGCUGGAGGAGAAAGUGGCAAAGCCAAACAAAAAAAGGUGCAAGAAGUAG